AUGGAAAGAAUUCACCAUGACAACCAUGACCGCGCGGACUGGAGGAAAGAGGACAUGAAGAUACCUGCGUGGAGGCGUAUUCUGCUGUGUGGGGGGAAUUUGGGUGGGUGUGGUGGGGGCAGGGGGAAUGGAGAUGAUUCAGACACUCACGUGGAAGAGAGACCAAACACCCGCCAGGUAACAGUACGACAGAGGGACGCCUCUACUGGACUCCUUGUCACAUGCACUGCUACUAGUGCUGCCAGCAAUAGACAGAAAGGGAGUAGUAUUGGAAAAAGAAAGGGGGAAGGGGAAGUGGAGUUCAAAAGCAGUCAGCAUGGACUCUCGCGCAGACAACAUCAGAUCAAAUGGGCAGAAACGCCUUCAAGCGUAAACGAGAGAGGGCAACUGAGUUCAUAUGGGACCAAGUCAACUUCGGAAGUGAGAAAUGGAGACUCGGGCGGCGUUGCGUUUGGGGGGCAGAACAGUGACGAGUGGGCCAGCAGAGUACGAUUAGAUGAUGAGAGCAGAUCCAUUAGUAAGACAGGCAGAAACCACGGUUACCGAAUUUACAAUGCAACAACACAACAAAAAGAAGAUACGUCCCUUAAAAACGCCAUAUCCGUGGUUGAAGUGGCUCAAUACGAGGGAAGUUGUCUGCCGCCCGCUGCUUCCACAGACGAGAUCUCCGAAGAAGAGGAAGCCGAUGAGUCAGAGUCCGACCAGCGUCAGAGUCUGCUGAAGAAGAAAAAUCAUUAUCAGGGUAGGAACAAACGCAAUUCCACCGUGUCCAAAAGCAGGGGCGAGAAGGGCUAUUGGGGACACAACACCAAGAGUGUGAGCCGAAAGACUAAGCUAGCAGUCAAUAGCGGAGUUCAAGAGAGACAGCAAGAACACGCAGAGGGUGGUGUGGUGUAUGUAAGGAGAGAAUACUCAUCCAACAGUUUCGUUAAGAAGGAACAUAAAGUGUCGGAGGCGGCUGCGAACACAAAUGGCGGCAAGAGAAAUUUGGUCAUCAACAUAAUGCCCACAGAACAAUAUGAGAAUUUCGAAGAAGAAGCUCCCUUCGCAGAAGACGAAGAUGCCAAAAAACAAUCACUCGAAAGUGACAACGCAUAUCGACAGAACAGAUCAAAAGAACAUUCUAGAAGUUACCAUAUGGACCAUAACAGAGACAAAAGGGUGACAGAUACAAACGGAUUUGAAAGAUCCGACAUCUAUGAUGCUUCUCGAUAUUUCCAAACCUACCAAAACCCCGACUACUCAGAAGAGUCCCCUUAUGUUUCUCACUUCAAUGCGUUGAAGUGGCGAUGGGAUGAUCCUGACGUAGACUACUCUCUAUACUUAGACACCGACGACAACCAUCUUGAGACUCUCGUGCAGCGACAUCCCAUUUUGGACGACAGCGAGGAUGAAGAGCAAGACCGACUGCUAAACAUGGCUGCAUCCACUGAAUAUCUUCUGCAGCCAAAUAGGAAUCCAGACACAGAUUUUAUCUCAAGUGGUUUACUCGGUGAUCGCAUGAUGUUGUCACGUGACACUUAUAAGGACCAAUCAGAGGAGAGGAUUCUGUUCAACGUGAAACAGAGUGAGUAUGACUCAAAUGAGAGACCUCAGACUCCAGUGGCCACUCACAGGGGAUUAAGCAGACACAGACAGAGUGGAGCUCAACUGAUGGGACGAGAGAGACCGCACAGGUUCAAAAGCCACACGAGCACAGGCCACUACAAUGAUUACAGCGAAGACAUCGACUCCAAAUACUACAACAGUAGUCACCCCAACAACCACCAGCAAAUUCAGAAUGUGCAGUACAGUUACGGCAUUGCAUCAAAACUUAGCCCUACUCCAAAUACUAGAGUAGCAGUUCCGAUUGGCUCAGAUUUCAGAAUGAACCAUGCUUGGUACAACCCGUAUUCACUAGAGCCCAUGGCCAUCGUAGAUGUAUAAAAAGAUAAGGGUAGUUUAUUUAAUUUCAAAAUAAUCAUAAAAAUUACUUAAAAACUAUGAUAGAAAACCGAUGUAAAUAUGUCUUCUAAGAUAA